AUGCAUUCUUCGAGCGAUACUUUCAAUCACCCCUAUUCCCCCUAUGAUAUCCAACUUCAGUUCAUGCGGGCCCUGUACGCGUGCAUAGAAGAACGGAAAGUCGGUAUCUUUGAAUCCCCAACUGGCACUGGCAAAUCUCUUAGCCUAAUAUGCGGCUCGCUUACUUGGCUCCGUGAUCACAAGCGCUCAGAAUUCCUAGAGGAAACUGGUGGCGAUGAUGGGGAUGAUGAGCCCGGUUGGAUGCUAGAGCACUCAAAAAAUGAAAAGAGAAAGGAUAUUCGAGAAAGGCGAAAGCGACUAGAGGAUCGACUCGCCCGUAUUCGUGAUCAGGAAGAGCUUCAGCGCCGGAAACCAACCGAAUCUGAGCAACAAUUCAAAAGGAGGCGCUCAAAUCACAUACAGCAUCAGAUACAGGAAGAGUCAGAAAUGAUAACUUUUGAGCUUGAAGAUUACAAUAGCGAUGACCAAAAUAGUCAUUGUCAAGAAAGUCACGAAGAUGGCGGUCUUUCGGCAUCCACUCUCGCGCUGCUUGAGAAGUUAAAGGGUUCAGCAAGCAAUGACAACCAACUUGAAGACGAGAAUGAGACCAAAAUUUUUUACUGCUCGAGGACUCAUUCACAGAUAUCACAGUUUUCCCGAGAACUACAGCGAGUCGUACUUCCGGCAAGCAUACCCCCUGAAAUAGAAUGUGCUGAGAUGAAAUACCCGACUGGCAAGAAACAGCAGACAAAUGAAUUAGAAGAGCACACAAAACAUAUUUCCCUUGGUUCAAGAAAGACCAUGUGUAUCAACCCAAAGGUUCGGAGCCUUGGAAAUGCCACAGCCAUAAAUGAACGUUGCCUUGAUUUACAACGUCCGGAAGUUGACCAAAAAUGCCCAUAUGCACCAUCCAGAGAAAACGAAGCAGUAAUUACCGAUUUUCGGGAUCAUGUACUUGCUAGGGUUCAGGAUAUUGAAGAUAUCGGGAAGUUAGGAAAACAAAUGAACAUCUGCCCAUAUUAUGCCUCUCGUUCUGCUAUUAAGAAUAGUGAGAUUGUUACAUUACCAUACCCACUACUUCUUCAGAAGUCAGCACGUGAAGCUCUGGAUAUUUCACUUAAGGAUCAUAUAAUUAUCAUAGACGAGGCACACAACCUUUCAGACGUGAUUGCCAACAUUUACUCUGUUACUAUCUCCCUUACACAACUUCAGACGGCUCUCGAACGACUUACUAUAUAUGCAAAGAAAUUCAAAACCCGGCUGAAAGGCAAGAAUAGGGUGUAUGUUGCGCAAGUGAUGCGACUUUUGAGCUCAAUGGCCAGUUACCUCCAGUCUAUUCACACUAGUACUGGGGCUGCAGAAGGUAUUGUUGAGCAUUCGCUUUUGAUGAGCGGAAAAGGGGUGGACCAGAUCAAUCCGCAUAAACUCUCACGCUAUUUACAUGAAAGCAAACUAGCUAGAAAGAUCGAUGGAUACGUCGAGCAUUCGGAGCUAUCUAGCAACAGUCAGCGCGGGCCGAGAACAACAGUACCUGUUUUGUUUCAAGUCCAGUCUUUUAUCUUAUCUUUGAUGAAUCCAUCAGCUGAGGGCCGAAUCUUUUUUGAAAAGACAGGGUCUGACGUUUCCUUAAAAUAUACAUUAUUGGACCCGACUGCCCAUUUUCGAGAAGUCGUGGAGGAUGCCAGAGCUGUUAUCCUGGCUGGGGGAACAAUGUCACCGAUGAGCGAUUAUGCCGACUAUCUCUUCUCAUACCUAGCCCCUGAAAAGCUCAGAACAUUCAGCUAUGGACAUGUGAUCCCGAACAACAACCUAAUUGCGAGGCCCAUUGUCCAAGGGCAUCAGGGCUGCAAUUUCGACUUUACCUUUGAAAAACGUAACUCUCGGGAUAUGGUGGCGGACCUCGGACGAACAAUUAUUGAAAUGUGUAGAUUGAUACCUGAUGGUGUUGUAGUGUUUUUCCCAAGCUACGACUUUUUGAAGCGAGUUAUUAAUCUAUGGAAAACUGCACCAUCAAGUGCAAUUGCAAUGAAUAUUUUCGAGACUCUUGGGCAGAUCAAACCGAUACUUCACGAAUCUCAAGAAAUAGUCACAAAUACCGAAGAUAUUCUGCAGACGUAUGCAGGGCUGAUAGAUAAGGGAAAGGGCGCUAUAUUGUUAUCAGUCAUGGGUGGGAAACUUUCUGAAGGCAUAAACUUCUCCGACCGGCUGGGCAGGGCUGUUAUUAUUGUUGGCCUGCCAUUUCCAAACAUUAGGAGCGCUAUAUGGCAAGCUAAAAUGGGCUAUGUGGAGAAAAAGGCGUACGAGCGGUCUUCCGGGCCAGAAGAGAGUAGGAGGAGCAAGGCAAAGGCUGCGAGCAGGGAUUUUUAUGAGAAUUCCUGCAUGCGAGUGGUGAACCAGUGUAUUGGGAGGGCAAUCCGCCAUCAGAAUGACUAUGCCGCAAUCCUCAUGCUCGACCGGCGAUAUGGAACGACGCAAAUACAGUCUAAGCUACCUUCUUGGAUUCGACAGAGUCUGGUGUCUUCCCCUCUGGGAAUUACGUUGAAGGAACUUCGAACAUUUUUUGAUGGGAAGGCCGUAGAAAUUGUACAAGAGAAAUAA